AUGGAAAGCCUCGCCGCAAAUUCGGUCCCAACGGCCCGAGCGAGUCGUUUUUGGAGCGGUUUUUUCGCCGAGUUUUCCGACGAACUCCGCUGGAUCACUGCACACUCGAUCGAAACCAUUCGUACGGCCGCGAGGAACGAGGAAACCCUCAGAAGCUUCUUUGAGCGCCUGCAGGAGCUUUGCGACAAGUCUGGAGGGAAGCUGUGGGCCGAGCCUAGGCGGAUUUUCAACUUUGACGAGUCGGAAAUUUCGGCCCCCAAGAAACAGGACAAAGUGGUUGCCGCAACAAGCCAGAAGACUGUGUCUAGUGCAUCCGGGCGGACAAAGUCCAUGGGCAGACACAUUACCGGCCUGUUCACGGUGGCUGCCGACGGGACAACGCUGCCACCGUGA